UGCAUUGCGUUGGAGCGGAGGAUAGAGGAGUGAAUUUGCAAAGGUUUGGGGACCUCGGUCGCUGCGCCAGCUCAAUGACGAUCCAACCGAGGACCCCGUGUGGAGUGCGGUGCAUAGCGGUCGCGUUGUUGCUGGGUUUGUUGUGCUGCUUCAACGUUGAGGCUGUGGCCGCCGUGUCGGAUGCCGAGGCGAGUGAGUUUACGUGCUACCCGGGCGUGUUCAUGUUCGGGGACUCGAGGUCUGACGUGGGAGAAGUUCAAGCUUCCCAGCCCUUCAUUAUCCCCUCUGCGUUUCCUCCCUAUGGUUCGUCGUACUUUGGUCGGCCAGUCACACGGUUCUCCGACGGCAGACUACCCAUCGACUUUCUUGCUCAGGCGUUCAACAUCCCAUUUCUGAGCGCUUAUCUGCAAGGCAUAAAUUCCGACUUCAGGAAAGGUAUCAACUUCGCUGCAUCCUGUGGCAAUGCUCGGCCAGUGCAGUACAAGGGCGUGAUAUUCCACUUGCAGGCUCAGGUGCAACAGUACAAAUGGGCCAAACAUCUUGCAUCUGAUGCCGGAGCCAUUGGAGAUGGCACGAUUUCGAAGGGCCCAGUGGCAAGUUCAUUCGAUCAAGGGUUACAUAUCAUCAACAUAGGCGAGAACGAUUACAGAAAGGGGUACUUUAACAACUUGUCCUAUGAGGAAGUGGCGAAGAGUAUACCCGACGUUGUUGGUAAUAUCACCUUGGCGCUAGAAAAUCUAUACGAAAGCGGUGCAAGGAAAUUCCUCGUGUUCAAUAUACCCUCAGAAGGCUGCAAGCCUUUCCUAUUGGCCCAAUUUCCAGGCUCGUCUCCAGGGGACUACGAUCGGCUGGGCUGCCUGAGAGCAAUGAACAACAUAACCCAACAGCACAACGCCAGGCUGAAAUCCGCCGUCGAUGAUAUCAGAGGGAAGCAUCCCGAUGCACUGUUCAUGUUGGCUGAUGACUACGGGUUUAAUCUUGAUCUGAUCGAAAACCCGGAGAAAUAUGGGUUCAAAUAUACUAUUCAGGCGUGCUGCGGAGUUCGUCCGACCCCUUACAACUACGAUCCCGCCAGGAGUUGCGGGCACCCGGACGCAACUGUGUGCUCCCAUCCUUCGGAGUACAUCAGCUGGGACGGCACCCACCCCACCGAACACCAAAACCGUCUGCAAGCGCUUGCCUUUCUGAGUGGGAGAUUCAUCGAUCCUCCUGGUGCUCUCGCCGGUCACUGCAAGCCGAAUUUCACUGACUUUAAAGAGCAGAUCCCCGUAGCCGAUCAGAGAUGAUUCCAAUGUGGUAGCCAAGUGCGCAUGCGUGUGGACAGAGCUUGCCAUGUACUUGGGCUGCGACUUCUUUGUCUUUUCGUCCGCGGAGUCGGUCAGCCGUUCUUAUUGUAUCCAUCGUUUUGUGACGCGUCACCGCUAUUCUUCGCUGAUCUUGGACGUUGUGUACCACUCUUGUCUCGAUGUUAGUGCACGCCAUGCAUCAGCCACAACUGAAUGAUGCGCCUUGCAAUUGCCGCAGGGGAGUGUUCCUCUUCAAUCAGUGCUGCAUGGUUUUUAGGCUGGUGCUUCUGUCCAUUGCCGGGUGAAGCUUUUCCUAAUCUAGGCUGAUUUAUUGUAACCUUAUUAUAAAUUUAGAAAUGGGACAUUAGAAAACAGAAAGUCGAUGAAAUCACGAGUACCAAAAGAGUUCGGAUGUGGAAAUGUGGAAUAUGUCAUAAGGUUGAUAUCCAAAGAUCCAUCACUUUGAACAUCCAAAGAUUUUCAAAGUGAGAACAAUGAAUGAUAGAAUUGUAAGAUGUGUGUUGAGAUCAUUAAAUGGAGCUGGCGCUUUCCAUAAUAUUUACUGUAGACUACAUUAAAUACCAUAGCUACAAUAUUUGGAGUCUAGCGGAGAAGCAUUGUUCAUCGUGUUCUCUUUUUUGUUC